AAAUGUUGUUUAUUGGAAUUUCCACGGUUACCAUGGCGGCAAUUUUGUAGAUAAUCGGGUUGAUAGUGGGUGCAUAAUAUUGUUGUCAUAAUGAAAUGCGAAUUGUUAUCUGUAUAUUGUUUUAAAGUACAUAUAUUAUACGAUGGAGAAUUUAAAAUACAGUUAAAUAGCCAAUAAUGCUUUGUCUAAUCCCAUAAUCCAUUUGUCGGAAUGUGUCAUUUAAAUGACCGCAAAUAAUUUCACAAGAAUGAUCUAAAUUUUGUUCGAUCGAAGAAUAAUUUUUCGUUUAAACGAUGAAUUGUAAUAAUACAGAGCAAAAUGGACGAGAUAUCGUUUGUAAAACUCACACUUCGAGAUCUGAGAGAGAACUCUACAGAACAUGCCCGACAAAGUUAAGUAAGCGAGAGUUGGAAGAUCUUUACUUUGCCCUUCUCGACAAUAACAUGAGCUUGAAGAAAACUGUCAAUGAACAGCGGGACACCAUCAAAAUAUUGAACACAAAAGUUCAAAGGCUGUCAACAGCUCGAAAAAAUAUAUAUGGCAAGGAACAAAAUGAUUGUUGUCGGUCUGUUAAAGUGAUGGUCAAUGAGCAGAAGGAACUAAUCGUUGAGUUAAAAAGAGAAAAUACCAAAUUGUGUGAAAGGGUUCGCCUUUUAAACAUGAGGCUGUGUUCAGCUAAACAGUUUACUAAGAGAAGUCCGCUACAAGCUCGCUGUACAAGAUGUUCUGUGAUUCCCACUAAUUCUUUGAAAAAUGCAUCAACUAGUGCUUUGUGUCUAAAGAUAAGUGAUACAAAUUUAAAAUCUGCUGCCGUAUCAUGUAUAAAUAUACCGAAUGAGUCAGCCCAUUCCAACAGCACUGUGGAUACCGAAGAUGAGGUACCGGAAAAAGUUGACCGUCCGGAACAACAGUGCAACGACAAUAGAUGCCGGACGUUGAUUGAAGAACUAAAGCAGAGAAUCGUUCAUUUGGAUAAGGAAGUAUCCGCUGCACGCGAAGACUACGCGACGCGCAUCAGCAGCUUGGAGACGGAGGGGCGGGGUGCGCGGGAGGAGGGCGCCCGCCUGCUGCAGGCCGCCUGCCGAGCCGCGGAGGCCCACAGCCGCGAGCUGGCGUUGCAGCUGUCGGUAGAGAGGAGGAAGGUCGCCGAGCUGGAGACUCGCGUGCGGGCCGCCCGCCGCGCCGGCCAGCUCGCCGACUGCAUACAGGACCACCUGGCCACCAUCUAUGACAAUAGACAAGAGUUGUUAAAACAGACCCUCGAUAGAUUCCAAUCGCCACGCCUGCUCCUCGAACCUGCAGACCCGCCGUCGACACUGGAAGCACAGUCAUCCCCCGCCGGGGCCUGCGAACCGACGAGCAAGGACGAGGGGAAACCCUGGGAGGGAGCAGAUGAUUCUGGCUACGUGGAUGCGAACAGGAGUAAUGACAGUGUCGAUGAUAAGCCGCUGAACAAACUCAAUCAAGAGCUGAUGAAGAAGAUAAUAGACCUGCAAACUGAGUUGGACGGAGUCAGGAUAUCCGCAGUGAGUCCCACUGUCAACAUGGCGACUAAGAAAGAGGAUCGAUCACCGUCACCGGCCCGUACAGAUAAUCAAAUUGAGAACCAAUCAAAGGGGCAGACAAUUGAAUAUGAACCUUAUCGUCAAGAUCGACUCGCCGACCCAACUCCGCGAAAUGAAAACGUGUACAUAGAUACGAACAGCGAUAAACCGAACAAGAACGGCCGCGGUCACUCGCACAUACCGAGACCGAUCUGUUCCGUCGCGGGGGCUGGUGGCUCCCUCGACAACAGUGGCGCUGUCCGACCUCAACUGACCUCAUCGACCUCAUCUGGGCACAGACCGGCGAUAGAGAGAAUAGCAGAGGAUUAUACAGAAGUAAAUAGUCUUCAACAAGCAGAAGGAGGUGAAGACCAGGACAACAUUACGAAAACUAGUUUUGAUGAUAACACGUACUCUUUAAGCGACGAUGCACUCAUGGAUGAAGCUGGUGCGAAUCGUAAAAGUUUGUCAAAAGCUCAUCAUAACAUUAAAGAUACUAAUGAAAGUCCACUUGACGGAAACAGUAGCCCGGGUCGGAGCGCGGAUGCUGCAACUAACAUUGUACUGAGAAAGCGAAAUCUAACACAAGAAAAUAAAGGAGAUGAGAUAUUUGCUGGAACAUCACCCCAGAAGCAACUCAUAGAGGAACGAGCUUGGCUCCGGACACCAGGAGAGAGUCCUCGCACGUACAGCGUGCACCACUCUUCAGCGAAGCACCACACCUACUCAGUGGACCACGACACCGACUGCGAGAUAUCCGACCUCACGGACCUGCCCACAGAGGGAGACGACAAGAGUUCUCGUCUCACGCUGUCUCCGGGUGAAGAGCCGCCGCAGAACUGGCCGGGGGGGUCGUGCGCCGCGCCCCCCACCCCCUCCUCCGUGAGCGAAGGGGAACUACCCACUUGUGACGUCAGGAGGAAGUUAUCGGAAGGCGAGAAACCUAUUUAUGAGCCAGUCGAAGGAACGUCACCGCAGAGAAUGGAAGCGACGUUGAGGGCGAUCGGCGCCGAGCUGGCCCUCUGUCGGCGGCUGCGGGGCGCCGCGCCCCCCGCCCGCGCCCCCGCCCCCGCCACCACCGCGCCUGCGCCGCACUGGAGCACCACUGGCUGGUGA